UGCCUAAGAAACGUGCAGUAAUUUGCCUCAGAAAUCCUCUUGACAACUACCGCCGCUACUCUGAAUAUUCGUAAAACCUUUGACCUACUCAAGUUCACUUACUAUUCCAAAAAUAAAUCAACAUAGCCAUGUAAAUGAGAAUGUGUACGAAGAGUAAAGAAAAUUCAGAAUAUAAUUCGAAAGCUUUUGAUUUUUGACAUAUUUUUGAGAAACUUCUGCAAGAUGUUUCUUAAGAUGAUGUGUUUUGCAAAAAGCACGUGUUCGUAUUUAAAUCUGUAUAAAUAAGAAUAUUAUGUGAGCGAAUAGAGUAGUGUGUUACUUUAUGUUGUGAUCGGUAUGAGUUUUGAUAUUUGGUUUGUUUGUCUCAACUUUUCUCUCAAAGUCCUGGAUGGUGACAGACAGAAAGUUAUUUGUUUCCCUUGAAGAUAUCUACAGCUACAAUCAGCAGAUAAAAUGAAUUCUCCGAUGGAAAUUGGAGAUCGUGAAGCCACUCUCCUCUACGUCAGAAUUAGAAUUGAAUACACAACGAGCAUCUUUAUUUUAAUCUCUUUCGAAGCGCUGGGUACAUGAAUUGAUGAGUCUACGCGCUACUCUCAACACAUUUUCAGGUGUGUCAAGUUUGAUCGGAACAAAUCGCUAAGUGCUUUGUCACACCAAGAAGCAUUUGUAAAUAGACGAUCUUCCAGGCUGAACUCCUAAUCUCAACAGAUCUCUUCUAUCACCAGAUCCUCUAUAGUUUUAUGAUGAGAUAAGGUUUCCUAACAGUUUAUUCAUUCUGUUUCACUGCUGACUUCAUUGAAUCUAAGAUUUUGCUUUUCUGUGAGAAUGAAACUUUUGAAGAACUUCAAUAUAACUGCGGUAUGGACAGCUUUGUCAACUGACCACAAAUGCGUCAACUUCUAGAGACUUUAGUGACGAAUACUUAAAUAUUUUAAAUAUCUAAAAUAAAGUUUAAAUAUUUCACGGUCACUCAAAAAUUGUAUCAUCAGUUUAAUUUUCUCUUUGAACUACUUACCAAAGUGUCUGGAAUCAGUGCAACUAUUCGAGAUCAUGCGUCUGAUUUUGUAUUUAUUGGUGUUGUAUAUAACACUGCAUAGUUUUGUGAGAUCUUCAACUUCGCAGGAAACUGUGACUCCAGAAUACUCCACAAUUCCUAAACUGUUUUUGGAAGAACCAGGUCCCCAUGUGGCCGAUGUUCUUCGGACCGAAGAAGUCAGUGCCGAAGACGAUAUUAAAGAAAUUGAUUACGACAAAGAAGAUGAUGAAGUGAAUAGGGUUCAUCUUCCAAUCGAUCCUAUAGUGGGGGAGGAUGAAAAUUAUAAAAAGAAACAUGUGCCAGAUCACAGGUUUAAACUCAUUUCUCUCGAUAACAUUGUUCAUCUGAAUCCUGCAUUGCAGGUGUCUUUGUGGCUGUUUGUUGCGUGUCUUGUGAAAGCAGGCUUUCACGUUACACCAAAGAUCUCACUGAUAUGCCCCGAAAGUUGUCUUCUGAUAGUCGUAGGUGUCAUCAUUGGUCUGUUGCUAUUCUACGCCGGAUUGACCAACGUAGGCCCUUUGACACCAAAUGUCUUCUUUCUGUAUAUGCUCCCGCCCAUUGUUUUGGAUGCCGGUUAUUACAUGCCCAACCGUCCUUUCUUCGACAACCUUGUCACCAUCCUACUGUUUGCUGUCGUGGGGACAGUCUUCAAUGCCAUGACUGUUGGUAUGUCCUUAUGGGCCGUAGGUCUAACAGGAUUAUAUGGUGUAGAGAUGCCUUUGUUGGAUACUCUGCUCUUCAGUUCCAUUGCUUGCGCUGUGGAUCCAAUAGCAGUGCUGGCAGUCUUCGAAGAAAUUCACGUGAAUGAAGUUCUGUACAUUCUCGUCUUUGGUGAAUCAUUGUUGAACGAUGCCGUCACUGUGGUACUGUAUCACAUGUUCGAGGGUUAUGCCGAAAUGGGUCCCAAAAACAUCAUUACUGUUGAUUACUUGGCUGGAGUAGCUUCAUUCUUCGUGGUAGCCCUUGGUGGCACUAUAGUGGGUAUCCUGUGGGGCUUGCUGGCUGCAUUUGUAUCCCGGUUCACGCAUCAUGUCAGAGUCAUCGAACCUUUAUUCGUAUUUGUCAUGGCCUAUUUAUCAUACGUCAGUGCAGAACUAUUCCAUUUCUCAGGAAUAUUAGCAUUGACAUUCUGCGGGAUUACUAUGAAGAACUAUGUAGAGGAAAACAUUUCUUACAAAAGCCAUGUGACUGUUAAGUAUGCGAUGAAGAUGUUGGCCAGUUCCUCAGAAACGAUCAUCUUUCUCUUCCUAGGGGUCUCGACUGUCAAUGACAACCACGAGUGGAAUACAUGGUUCGUCGUCAUGACCAUCUUUUUCUGCUCUGUUUACAGAACUAUAGGUGUUAUUAUCCUGACAGCCCUCGCCAAUAGAUUCCGGCUGCAUCGUAUUGAUAAAGUUGCACAGUUCAUUCUUGCUUACGGUGGCUUGAGAGGAGCUGUAGCCUUUGCCCUGGUACUCAUAGUCUCGGACAGGAUUAUCCCUACCAAGAACAUGAUGGUCACAACUAUCAUUGCUCUUGUCUUUUUUACAGUUUUCAUCCAGGGUAUGACCAUUGGACCUCUGGUUAGAAUACUGAAUGUGCCAACAACAAAUAAAAUAAAACUUUCCAUGAAUGAAAGAAUCAUAACGAGGUCUAUGGAUCAUUUAAUGGCUGCCAUUGAAGACAUAGUUGGACAAACUAUGGGGAACUAUCAUUUGAGAGACAAGUUCAAAUAUUAUAACAAUAAAUAUCUACGACCAGUCUUGACGAGAGAACAUCAAAAUGCCGAACCCAAGAUAUUUGAAACCUAUUCGAAACUAAACGUUGCGGACGCCAUGAAUCUUGUGAAGUCCAACUCCAACCUUGUACCAGUUGCAGCUAAUGGAUUAGGAACGUCUCUUUCCUCCAUUUUCAGAACCUAUACGCAACUAAAUAUGGACAAAAGUCCGUCCGACGAGAAAGGAAACUUCUUGACUGCUGAUAUUCCAAGGAACAACUCCAGCUUCUUGAAUGUGGAUAUUGCCACUUUGGAAUACUCCCCCAGCCACAAAGAUUUGGCAGACGCACAACUCCAUCACAUAUUAUCAGAUGCUAUGUUCAAGCCUACAAGAAGGAGAUACAUGGGACGCGACGGCGGCCCAUAUGAUCAAAGCAGUAGACACGCAGCUGAAGACUCACGAUCACGGCUUCAAACACGACAUAUGAUGAAUGAUCGGAUGCAACCAAGAAGGCUGAACAAUUUAAGCUACGCAAAUAGCGCUGCAAGUCCAAGUUCUAAGGAUGGUAAGAGAACCCCAAACAAUCACGCGGAGAACAAUUCGGAACACUCAGAAAGAAGCACAAGCUCUGCAUUUUCAGAUGGUAACAACACUAAAGGCCUUAUCACAGGCAAAAAGAAACAACAACCUCCACCGCCCAAGCUCCGCUUCAGUGUGGCCGAUGAUGAUCCUUCAGAUUCGGAUAACCCUAUGCCCAUGCCCACGCAGACAGGAGCAGCCAAAGAUGAACCCCUCUCAGCCUAUAGUUCCCUCUUGGACGUAUCAUCUGCUCAGGAUGAUGAUGGAAUUGUCUUCACAGUCCACGGGGCACGCACCCCGUCGCCUAACCAAAACACAGAUGCCAAAGAUGGAACGUCAGAAUCCGACAAUGACGAUUCUUUACGCUCGAUACCUACGAAAACGCUUACCGAACUCACUUUACCAUGGAAACGUGACGUUGAGACUGGAGUUGGAGGAUCUCCAGAUUCAAAUACCUUUGUGCACCGCCAACAAGAAUUUCCAGCCUGGGUAGAGAAUUGUGAAUAUCACAUCUUCGAAUCCCCUACUAAUACUCUGUUAAGCCGCUUAGGUGCCUCCUCGAAACGAGUAAGUGCUCCAUCGGUCUUCGAGAUUUUCAAUCAAGCAGAAGCAAAACUGCCUGAUGCCUCAACAGCAAGGCGGAACAGCCAGGGCUCUGUUACCAUUGGCACUAACGGUAUUGAAAUCAAGGAGGAUAAUCCCACAUCAGCGUCCAAUCUCAAAUCCACAAGAAUAGAUAUUGACUCUAACAGUACCAAAGACGUGGUGAUAGAGAUUAAAGCUAAUGGCACCAGUCAAAGGAGCAAAGUUCUGCGAGGUGACUUGAAGGAUGAAGAUGAUAUGGGAAAUCAAGCCACCAGACUUUAAUUUUUGUAGUCGUUGUCAAAUAAAUGACUCUUAGAACAAGAGUUCUGGCUAAGUCAACCGCAGUGAAUAUGAUGCUUUAAAAAAAAUCAUACGUCGUCAAAGACACUGCUUUUUAAGAGCAAAAGUGAAGUUUCUGAAAAUGUUCUAAAAGCAGAACUGGAACAUCAUUUCAUAGCUGACACAGCUCCUUUCCUGUUAUGUAAAUAAAAGAAAAUUUUCUUUAAUGCAGUAAUACCAAAUGUUACUGUAGAAUAUACGAUUUUUAUAAUUUUGUUGAUAAAUAUAUCUAUUCUUUUAGUUAGCGCAGAAAUUUUAGUAAAAUGGGGAUACCAACUAAAAGAAAGAACUACGUUAGAAAUUUGAAACUAGUAGUUGAUUGAUAGUGAAUUUAUGAAGAUCUUUAGAAAGCAAUAUGUUAAUAAUGAUUUUGUUGCAUCAAGAUGCUCUUUUUAUUUCAGUAAAUGUAAAGAAUAAAAUCAUAGGACGCAUUUAUAAAAGUUUUUUCAAAUAUAGUUUUAAUUUAUCUUAUUAUUCAUUUUUCCAAUAAACUUCAGUAAUAUCUUUAAAUGUAUAUUGCUAAGAGUUUGAAAUAGUUAGGUAGUUGCUAUAAAAUUAUCUUUGAGAAAGCUUUGAAUUGCAUUUAAAAUAUAUGAAAUAUAAAGAAAUUAAAAGCACAAUGCUGGAAAAAUAUUUCAAUUUUAAAAAAAUUAAUUAAAAAGGACACAUUCGGAAUAAAAAUUUAAUCCAAAUUUGAUUGGACUCUAUACCAAAGAAAGAGCUUACUAAGUAAAAGAACUUAUUGAAAGUGUGAUUUUAACAUGAAAGAAUCGAGCUUUCCUUUAACAAUUUCCGAAAAUUUCUAAUGCACAAAUUACUUCAUAAAUGAAACCAUUUCAAAAUAUGAGUUUCAGUUGAGAUGCCCAUUUUCAAAAAUUUAUGGUACAUCUUUAUUUUACAGACUUUAGCAAUACAUAUUUUUAAUUUAUCACCCUUUUGAAUAUCUUGUAAGUAAAAUAAAAAUUAAUAAUAGCUAUAUUUCAUAAUAUUUUCUGAACGAAGGGAACAAAUUUGAUAAAUCCCACUUCAGGUGCUAUAUUAAAAUCUUAUUUCUGUAUAGCACAGUCUAUGCUACUUGAAUAAGGCAGAACUUGAAACAUUCUCAUAAAAUGCUGAAAGAAGUAUUUUUUAUUUAUUCUUUUCGUUUAAAUGAAAUACUGAGGUAUUAACGAAGUAAAUACUCUUUAUUGUGAUAUGUAAGAAUUUAAAAUGUGGGCACUAAAAUACGUUACAGUGCUUUUAGUGCAUUAUUUGUCUAUUUAAAAAUAAUGUUCUCUUUUAAAUGUUUAAAUGCGUGAGAGAGAAUUUAUGUGAAAGAAUAUACAGUGGCUCAAACAAUUGAGAAUGCACCUUACUUUUACUUGAUAAAACUGACUUUCAUCAUACAUAACACAUUGCCGAGAAAUGCAAACAAGUUUUAUUUUUACAAACAAGUUUUUAUUUUUUGUUUAAUUUAAAGUAAAAAUAAAGAACAAUCAAUGAAAAACUUCAAAAUUGAUAUGUUUCAGCAGUAUUUUAAAUAAACAUACGGAGAUUUUUGCUUCAAAAAAAUUGAGAAUACACCAAUGAAAUUUUUGUAAUAUCUCGCAUAGAAAGAAAAUGUCAGUAUUUAGUUGAAUGUCUUUUUGAUUUUAUAAUGGCCUCUAAACGUCGUGGUACUGAUUCGACCAAUUUUUGGUGGUAUCUGAAGAUAUUUUACUUGUUUUAAAUGGAUUUUGUUUCUAAUUUUUUUUGUUUUUGGACCGCUGUUUCGAAUGUGGUCAACAGAUAUUCAAUGGCAUUGAUGUCGGGCUACUGUAGCGAUGUGUGUAACUGCUGUUUACAAUGCAAAAGACGAUCCCAAACACAUGUUAUAUGCAAUGUGUUUGGGGUCGUUGUCCUGAAAAAAAAAUGAAAUUUCCAUAUAAACCCAAAUUUUUACCACUUCCCUUUAAAUUGCUGCGAUCAUAGGGUUCAUCCAACUUGAAGCUGAAAUUUUUCAAAUCAUAGGAGGAAGUGUGAAAGCUGAAACUAUGCGAAAUAUAAUUAGCGAAGCUGGAUAUAAAAGUCGAAUUGUUAGAGAAAAACCGUUUAUCAUCUUGCAAAUUCAAAAAAAGCGUUUGAACUUUGCAAAAACUCAUCAAUUGAAGACCAAUAACUUUUGGAAGUAAGCUAUAUUUAGUGAUGAAAGAAAAUUCAACAUUUUUGUCGGUGACAGCCGUCGCACCAUAUGGAGAAAGCCUAAUACUGUUUUGGAUCCUAAAAAUUUAUCUCCUAUAGUUAAACAUGGUGGUGGCUCCGUCAUGAUUUAUGGUUGUAUGGCUUCAGCCGGGGUCGAAAAUUUAGUUCUUAUAGAUGGCAUUAUAAACCAAAUUUACUUGGCAGCAAUAUAAAGGAAAGUGCUAAAAAUUUUGGUUUAAAUGGAGCUUUCAUUUUCCAGCAGGACAACGACCCCAAGCAGAAUGCACGUGACGACAAAAUGGGGUGUCUUUUUCAUUGUAAACAGCAAUUACACACAUUACCACAUUCCGCCAAUAUCAAUGUCAUUGAAUACCUAUGGACCACACUCGAAACAAUGGUCUAAGAACACAAAAUUAGAAACAGAACCCAUUUAAAACGAGCGUUGCAAGAAGAAUAGGAUAAAAAAUCUUCAGAUACCACAAAAAAGUGGUCGAAUCGGUACCACGACGUUUAGAGGCAUUAUAAAAGCGAAAAACAUUCAACUAAAUACUAAUACUUUCUUUCUAUGCGAGAUAUUACAAAAAUUUCAUUGGUGUAUUCUCAAUUUUUUGAGAUAAAAAUUUGCAUAUGUUUAUUUAAAUGCUUCUGGAACUUUUCAAAUUAGAAAUUUUUCGUUGAUUGUUCUUUGUUUUUACUUUAAAUUAAACCAUUUUUUAUGUGUAAAAAUAAAAACAUGUUUUCACUGUGAUUUCACUUAAUGUGAUAUUUAUGUCGCAAGUCGGAUUCAUCACGUAAAAGUAAGGUGUAUUCUUAAUUGUUUGAGCCACUAUAUUUUAUAUAUAUAUAUAUAUAUAUAUAUACCUCUGUGUUUUAAGAUGUUUGAAAUAUUUUUGUGUAGUGUUGACAGCUGUUUUUAUGAAAGAAUUUCUGUCUGAAGUUUGCAUUUGAUGUAUGUGGAAAUUUAUAUAUCUAUUGAAAGUUUCUGCAGCAUUACGGGGUGAAAAAUGUUAUUACAUUUUUUUUUCCGAUACGAAUUUUUACAAUCAAUACGAAACGUUUUAAUCAAUUACUUUUAAAUUUUUUAUUAUUUAUUUAUUUAAAAUUUAAUUAUAUUAAAAAUUAUCAAAACUUGAAAUAAAUUAUUAGCUCGCUCUUAAACUCAACAUGAAAAGCUGUGUAUAACAUAAUAGAUAUUUAGAGUUCUUGGUAUAAUAGCUGUUCUUUGAAAUUCAGAAUAAUAAGAAAGCAUAUUAUUUGCUUUAACUGCAUUCUUAAUUAAAUAAGGAAAGUUAAGCAGUAUGAUCCAUGAAGGUGAAAAUAUGAUUAAUUUUUUUUAUUUAUAAUACUAUAUCGUGAUUUAUUCUAAAAUUAUAAACAUUGUUUAAUCUUUUCUACUAAUAAAAAGUAUUCUUUAUCAAAAGGCAUUUAUUUUCUAAUUUUAUUAAAGGCAUUUAUAAUAUUAUUUUGUAGUUAGAAGAUUCUCUGAGUAUUCUUAAAAACGAAAAACAUUAAAGAAUUUCAAAAAUCACAAUGUUUUAAAAAAUUUUAUCAAAUGUAAUACCAGAAUCUUUAUCGAUUACAAUAAAAAAACUCCACAUUUUUUCGGAACUAAUGGAAUAUUUAUUCAAGAUUAUAUAGUAUUGAAUAAAUAUUAUAUUAAAAAAUCCACAUUUUUUCGAAACUAAUGGAAUAUUUAUUUAAUAUUAUAUAAUAAUGCGAUAAUAACGAAUUUAAUUAAUAAAUUUUACCUUUUAAUUCAGCCAUAAAACCAGGGAUAGCGAUUACCUGAUAUCAUUAGAAAGACAUCUAAAAGCAUUUCAUAUUCAUCAAUUAUUCCAUAGAAAUCUUUUGAACUAGCAAAUAAUGCUGUUUUAAAAUUUUAUUCUACAUUUGAAGAAUAUUAAAAAUUGUUGCCAAGAGUCAGUAAUUAAAAAUACAAAGCAAACGAUUUUAUAAAAGAUUGAGUGAAUCUCUAAUAAUGAUUUCUGAAAACAAUUUAUAGUGAUUUUUCUUUAAUUCUUCCAAUUCGAGGAAAAUAAAUUCUGAAAAUUCAAACUAUGUAACGAAAAUUCUUUGAAUAAGAAUCGUUUUAUAAAUUCGAAAAAAUUAUGAUGCGAAUUCUUUAUGAAGUAAAGAAUGGUAUUGAAAUGCCACGAUUAUCUUCAUAAACAGCGUAUGAAAUACUUAAUUUUUUUAAAAAAAAUCUUAAUAUUUAUUAAUAUUUAAUUAAGAAUGUUCUGUUUGAUAUAUUUAUUUUUCUUGUGAAUUUUAAGGCUACUUGAAAUUAUUGUAAAAUUAUAUUUUUAAAAUUACAUUCCACAUCAACAUUUUUUCAAAACAUUUUUAUGUAUAAGAAUUGAUUUUUUGGCAGAUGGCAUUUAAAAAAAUUAUGAAGUUAGAAAGUUAAAAAUGCCAUUAAGUAACAAUAAUUUCAGAAAAAUGUAUCCUUUAUUGAUUUUUGUGUAAAUUAUAAAUAACGUAUAUGUAAUGUGAAUUUAUGCUGAAAAUUGUUUCACAAUUUCUGGAAUUAAAUAACUAAAUCAAAUGUAAUCAAAAUCGAUGAUGACUUGCAAAUAUUCAUUUUUAAAAUUUUUCUAUAUAUAUAAUUUAAUAUUUACAUGCUGGAGAUUUAUUUUAUCUAAUAUAAAAUUUAUUUGAACUUCUACAUAAAGUGCAAAGCUCGCGAUUUCAUUCCAAGCGCAUUUUGAUUGCAAGAUAUUACAAUUUAGAUCUCUGCGAGAUUGUUCCUAGCCGCAUAUUAGAUCUAAGCAUCUAACGUAUGCAAACACCGUCCUCGUUGUACUAAAUAAGAGUGUUUUUCUUUUUGUGUAGUGUACAUACUUUGCCUUACGUUUUCUUUUUUUUUUUUUUUUUCUGCUGUAAAUAUUUUGCUCGUGCCUUUCGAAGUUGUACAUUUUUAUUGAUUGAUUGUUUUAAAAAAUUGAAUGUAGCUCUCACUAUGCUACCAAAAAAUUGUUUCAAUGUAAAAUUCUAUGGUUGCCAUAUCAGCAGUUUGACUUCUUUAGAAUCUAUAACUGCAGUUUAACUGUAGCAAUUGUUAUGUGCUCAGUAGAGAGAUACUAGUGUAUUAGAAUUUAUUUUAUCAUUCCAAUGAGAAAUGUAAUAAAGUGUUGAGAAAUAAAGUUUUGUUUAUUUA